CCCAGCUCUGAGCAGUCCGCGUCCUGUCUUUACAUAUCGAUGACAAACGGGCCACAUGGGCUCCAAACGGGUCUUGCUCCGGGGUCACCAACCUCCCAUUGUGCAUGUCAACCCCGCCGUGGAACCUGAUUGAUAUGCGUAGCGGCGCGGUGCCAAGGCCUUGACUUCCGGCGACCAUGACGACCCAUUGCGGGGAGCAAGGCUUAGUGCCGAGUAUAGAGCUUCUAACGCCUUGGUACUUGGGGAAAGAGCGCCCGUGCUGUUGUGGGUAGGUUAUGUCGGUCCGCAUCAUACUGCUGCUCCAAUCUGUGGUAUAAAGCCAUCCCCGGUCGCUGUUCGUGAGGAUCACUUCACGCCCUUGCGAGGAAAGUCAAUAUGAUCGGCAAAGGUUUUGUUCUUCUUGCGUCGGCCCUGCCUACAUUGGCUACUUCGUUGGCCAAGAGGCAGAGUGCUUCGCUGGAUAGCUGUCCAGGAUACACAGCGAGUAACGUUCAAGAUGACGGCGGUAGAGUCACGGCUGAUCUUGCGCUUGCCGGCACGGCGUGCAAUGUCUACGGUGAUGAUUUGACGGAGUUGAAGUUGGAGGUGGAUUACCAGACUGUGAAUCGCAUCCACGUCAAGAUCUACGACGCUGCAGAGCAGGUUUUCCAGAUCCAGGACUCCGUCUGGCCGCGACCCCAGGGCGAUGAUGGAUUUGAUCCUGAAACCUCGGCGUUGGUAUUCUCACAUACAGAGAGCCCGUUCUCGUUUUCCAUUUCGCGCAGGGAGACUAACGAGACGUUGUUCGAUACGUCGGCGGCGAGCUUGGUUUUCGAGUCGCAGUUUCUCCGUCUCAGAACGAGCUUGCCUGAUUCUCCGAACCUGUAUGGGCUGGGAGAGUCUACGGAUGAUUUCCACCUGAACACUACCAACUACACUCGCACUCUGUGGAACCGUGAUGCUUACGGUACUCCCAGAGGAUCCAACCUGUAUGGAGCUCACCCCAUUUACUUUGACCACCGUGGAGAAAACGGCACACACGGCGUCUUCCUUGCUAGCUCUCAGGGCAUGGACAUCAAGAUUGACGACACCGACGGCCAAUUUCUCGAGUACAACACUCUUGGUGGUAUCAUUGAUAUGUAUUUUCUGUCCGGUCCCUCGCCUAAGGAGGUCGCCGUUCAGUACUCUGCAUUGUCUGGAUCUGCGGCCAUGAUGCCCUACUGGGGUUUUGGUUUCCACCAAUGCAAGUAUGGAUACCGCGAUAUUUGGGAAGUUGCGGAGGUCGUGGCCAACUACACACAAGCUAAUAUCCCAUUGGAAGUCAUGUGGACUGACAUUGACUACAUGGAGCUGAGGCGCUUGUUCACUUUGGACCCGGAAAGGUAUCCGUUGGAGCUAGUCCGAGACGUGGUUUCCUACCUCCACGAGCGCCAACAGCACUACAUCGUCAUGGUCAACUCGGCUGUGUGGGCUGGUGACAACGACGUGUAUAAUGAAGGCGUUCAGCAGAACGUGUGGCAGGUCCGUGAAAACGGCAGCGAGUAUCGCGGUGCUGUCUGGCCUGGCCCAACUGUCUUCCCUGAUUGGUUCCAUCCCAAUACACAAGAAUACUGGAACAGCCAGUUCGAGCAGUUCUUCGAUCCGGCUACAGGUGUCGAUAUCGACGGCCUCUGGAACGACAUGAACGAGCCUGCCAACUUCUGCCCGUAUCCUUGCCCAGACCCUGAGGCCUACUCUGUGGAGUCCAAGAACCCUCCUGAGCCUCCACCAGUCCGUCCCGGUGGCCCUGGCCGAGUCAUUCCUGGCUUUCCCGCCAGCUUGCAGCCGGGUUCCAACACUAAUGCUACCAAGCGGGCACUCCGAUCUCGAGAGUUCAACACGAAGCUGUCAAUGCCCAAGCGCUCGCUCCUUUCCCGCCAGUCGAACGGGACUACAUCUCGUCUCGGUCUGCCCGGCCGCGAUCUCAUCAACCCCGGAUACGAGAUCAUGAACGCUGCUGGUUCUAUCAGUAACAAGACCAUGGACACUGAUAUUCGCAAUUAUGAUGGCUCGUACCACUACGAUACGCACAACUUCUGGGGUUCGCUCAUGUCUAUUGCCUCGAGAGCGUCCAUGCUGCAACGCCGCCCUGAGCGCCGUCCGUUCCUCAUCACUCGCUCUACAUUUGUUGGUCUUGGCAAGUAUGUGGGCAAGUGGCUCGGUGACAAUGUCAGCACUUGGGAGCAAUACCGCUUCAGCAUUGCUGGUGUCUUGAACUUUGCCUCUAUCUUUCAAAUGCCCAUGGUCGGUACCGAUAUCUGCGGGUUUGCAGGCAAUACCACCGAGACCCUCUGUGCCCGCUGGGCCACCCUCGGUGCAUUUUACCCCUUCAUGCGUAACCAUGCAGGCGAUACUUCAAUCUCUCAGGAGUUCUACCGCUGGCCUCUUACACAGGCUGCCGCCCGCAAUGCGAUCAACAUUCGCUACAGGCUACUUGACUACAUCUACACAGCCUUCCACCGCCAGACUCAGACCGGUCUUCCCAUGCUAAACCCGCUGUGGUUCCACUACCCUGAAGACGCCAACACCUUCACUAUUGAGCACCAAUUUUUCUACGGCGAUGACAUCCUUGUCUCGCCUGUACUGGAGGAGAACAGCACUGCCGUGAGCAUCUACCUGCCCAACGGCACCUUCUAUGAUUGGUGGACACUCGAGCAGAUUCAGGGCACCGGAAGCUGGAUCAACAUCUCAGAUGUGGGUUUCGAUAGCAUCCCGCUUCACAUCCGCGGUGGCGCUAUUUUGCCUCUGCGUGCAGAGAGCGCAAACACCACUACCGAGCUGCGCAAGCAGGACUUUGUCAUCUGGAUCGCGCCUAACAGCACUGGUCAGGCAAGUGGCUCGCUAUACCUGGAUGACGGAGACAGCAUUGAGCAAGCCGGUGUCAGUGAGAUUACCUUCGAGUACGACAACGGCGAAUUCAGCAUGACCGGCUCGUUCGACUACCAGACCGACCUCCAAGUCAAGAACAUCACGCUCCUCGGUGCAAACGGUCAGCAGACGCUGCAGGGCCCCGUUCCUCUGUCCGCUGAGUACAGCGCCACUUUCAACGCCUCAAACGGAAACUCCACUGGAGGAGGCAGUCCACCGCAGUUCGAGGGCGCCGCGACGCGGAACAGUGUCGGUGCGCUGAUUGGUGCCAUCGCGGGUGCCGCGUGGUUGGCAUUGUAAAAGAUGCUCGCCAGUAUUCACGCGCCGCGAACGAGACUCGGAGAUAAUGUUGGAGACUCGCGAAGUGGGUCAGCCCUACGAAGUACAUACAGAGCUAAAUAAAAAUCUUCUGACCGCUUUCCGCACACGCCACGCCCCCAUCGCC